AUGAAAGCGAUCAUUUUUCACGAACAGGGCGGAAUUGAUAAACUCCGCUACGAAGAUGUCCCCACCCCGGCGAUUACUCCCUCAGAAGUAUUGGUCAAAGUCAAGGCGUGCGCGGUAAAUCACCUCGAUAUCCGCGCCCGACGGGAUCGCCCGGAGGUACAGCCAUUUCCACACAUCCUCGGAUCUGACAUCUCCGGGGAUGUGGUCGAGGUAGGUGAUGAAGCCUACAACGUCGCUGUCGGUGAUCGGGUAGUACUCUCACCCUGCAUCCCCUGCGAACAGUGCCCAGAUUGCCUCAACGGCGACGAAAAUAUGUGCGACUUUCAGGAGCUUUUGGGCUUUCAGAGCAACGGCGGUUACGCGGAAUAUGUCAAAGCACCUGCCAAAAACGCCAUCCAGAUUUCCCCCAAUCUCUCAUACGUCAAUGCUUCUGCCAUCCCAAUCGCCUAUCUCACGGCGUGGCACAUGCUUGUAGAGCGGGCACAAGUUCAUCCCGGCGAUGAUGUGCUGGUCUUAUCCGCUGGUAGCGGUGUCGGGAGUGCCGGUUUACAAAUUGCCAAACUGUGCGGUGCACGCGUUUUUGCAACGGCAAGCACCGAUGAGAAACUUGAACGCGCCCGUCAGAUGGGAGCCGAUUUCACCAUCAACUACACGCAAACCGAUUUCAGCGAAGCCGUUCUUGAGGCGACAGGUGGACGCGGUGUUGACAUUGUAUUUGAGCAUGUUGGGGCAGCGACAUGGGAUCAGAGCGUGGCAAGCCUCGCAAAAAAAGGACGCCUUGUUUCGUGCGGUGUCACAACGGGGAAUAUCGUGAGAUUGACAUCCGCAAAAUGUAUCAGAAACAGUUGA